UAGAAGGUCAAAGCCCAGUACACACCUUGUAUAACACAACUCAGUAUACCCUGUAGAAGGUGGAUUUGACACAGCACCAAACAUUGCAUAACCGUGAUAGCGAACUUGAAGCUGGGGUUCCCUCCUCGAAGCAUUUGGUGAAUUCCUGUGAGAAGAUUAGUAGAGGAAUCCCCACACACCUAACAACUCUUAAACAUCAGAAACACGACAGGGAGCCCCAAUCCUAGGGCACAGCAUCCUUCUAUAAUCUCUAAUAGGUAUCUGAGGGUCGUCAUGAAAAUGCUUUAUUUACCUUUGAUCCUGUUUACACUACUGUCAUUUCAACCACCCGGUUCAUUUGGGGGCAAAAUUCUGGUGUUCCCACUGGAUGGAAGCCAUUGGAUAAACAUGAAAGUGCUCAUAGAGGAACUGCAUGCCAAAGGUCAUGAGAUCACUGUCAUUCGGCCAUCUGAUAGUUGGUACAUCAGUGAGAAAUCGCCACUCUAUACCUCUGUCACACUUCCCUACUCUAGUGGAUUUGAGGAAAACUUUGAAACAUAUUUGUUUCAACAGCUGGAAAUCCGGCUUCGGGGAAAACCUACGUCCUCUUGGUCCCGCAUCUGGACUCAAAUUCAGAUCCGGAAUGUGGUUGUAGAACAGUUCACUCAGUUUCACAAAGGAAUGAGUGAAACAGUCGUUCAGAUGUUUGAAGACAAAGAGCUGAUGCAGUCUUUACAUGCUGCUAAAUACGAUGUGCUUUUGACUGACCCUGGCAUCGGUUGCGGGGCCAUGCUGGCACGCCGGCUCCAGGUUCCUCUGGUUUUCAAUGUAAGAUGGACCAUUCAAGGCGAGGCUCACUUCCUUGUUGCUCCCUCACCUCUGGCAUACAUUCCUUUUACUGGAACAGAGUUAACAGAUAAGAUGACCUUCCCUGAGAGAAUAAAGAAUAUGUUGAGUUACAUUAUUGGCAUGUACACAUUGUUUUACAUGGCAGAAACAAACUACAAACCGGUUGUUAUGAAGUACUUUGGGCCUGAUGUGGAUUACUCAACGUUUUUCCUGGACGCUGAUAUAUGGCUUAUGAGAAAUGAUUUUGUCUUUGAAUUCCCACGUCCAACAUUGCCAAAUAUUGUCUACAUGGGUGGAUUUCAAUGUAAACCCUCAAAAGCGCUUCCUGAUGACCUGGAGACAUUUGUCCAGAGCUCUGGAGACCACGGAGUCAUUGUGAUGACCCUCGGGACUUUAGUUGCAAAGCUUCCUCAACAUGUUACUGAGGAAAUUGCUGCAGCCUUUGCCCGACUUCCUCAGAAGGUUAUAUGGAGGUAUAUAGGACAAAGGCCAACCAACCUGGGAAACAACACGUUACUAGUCAACUGGCUCCCACAAAAUGACCUCUUAGGACAUCCCAAAACUAGAGUGUUUGUGACCCAUGGAGGCACCAAUGGAGUUCAGGAAGCAAUUUACCACGGGGUGCCUAUCGUUGGACUUCCCUUAUUCUUUGAUCAGCCCGAUAAUCUCUCCAGGAUCAAAGCAAAAGGAGGAGCUGUGAUUGUGGAUAUCGCUAUGCUCGAAAGAGAUAGCUUUGCAGAGGCACUGAUGACAGCUCUUUACAAUUCCACUUACAGGGAAAACAUGCAGAUGCUCUCCAGGCUGCACAGAGAUCAGCCCAUGAAACCUCUGGAUCAAGCAGUGUUUUGGAUAGAAUAUGUUAUAAGACAUAAAGGGACCCGUCAUCUGCAGACACAGUCGUACAAAAUGUCGUGGUUUGUGUACAAGUCUCUUGAUGUCAUUGCAUUUUUGUUGACCGUCGUUUUGCUUAUGAUGCUCAUUUGUGUUUCAUGUCUAAGGCUAGUGUGGAGAAUGAUCUUUACUGGAAAAAAAGUUAAACGUGAAUGAUCAGAAAAACAAAAGCAAUCCAAUCUGAAAAACCUUCUCUGCACCAGCCAUGUGCUAAUUACCUGAAAGCAUUUUACUUUGCGAUGUUUAUCUUGAGAACAUCAAGAGCAUAACCCUGAAUGUUUCUGAUUUCAGUCGAGGUUUUUGUUUGUGAAGCUAUGAUAUCUUCGAAUGGUGAAGAAUCAUUUAAAAAAAAAAUAAUCAACCAAUCCACACAUGGAUCAACUCUAGAAGUGAAUCACUUUAAAGCUGGGCAAGCCCCACCUUGUUUUUCACCAAAUUGUUUUUUGAAAAGUGCUUUGUGAAUAAAGAUGAU